AUGCCUCCCAAAACUUCCGGAAAGGCUGCCAAGAAGGCCGGUAAGGCCCAAAAGUCUAUCACCAAGGGUGAUAAGAAGAAGAAGCGCAGGAGGAAGGAGAGCUACAGCAUCUACAUCUACAAGGUGCUCAAGCAGGUCCACCCUGAUACCGCUGAGGCUUCCCGCCUUGCACACUACAACAAGCGUUCCACCAUCACCAGCCGGGAGAUUCAGACCGCUGUCAGGUUGUUGCUCCCUGGAGAACUGGCAAAGCACGCUGUUAGUGAGGGCACCAAGGCCGUCACCAAGUACACUUCCUCCAGUAAAUCUCUAGGUUGCAUCAUUUGUUUGCCUCCUAGAACAACAUCGGCUCCUUUAGGAGCCACAUAUUGUAAUAAAGCAGAUAUACGAUGA